AUGGCUGCAUCAAACCCUGCUGGUACAACCUCAACCUACAUCGACAUCGCCUCCCUCACGUCAGACGAAUUCUCUCCAUAUUCUCAUGCCAACAAUCUCAUCGUCGCAACCAACAAUCCCUCGGAUCCCGCUAUUGACCUUACAACUCCGCUGUCACGCGUCUUAUUUGAUCUCCAAGAAAUCGACUCCCAUAUACAUACGUUGACCUCUCGAUCCGCACUAGAGAUAUUAACCUACACUUCUACCCAGAAUGCAGCCGCACAACGCAUUCUUGCCAAGGUCGAAGACGAGCGAGCCCGGCUUACCGCCAGCUACGACCGGUUGGAGAAGGAAGUGCUGGUUCGACAUCAGCGGGCAGUCGACGCAAAGGACGUGGCUCAGCGAAGCUGGGAAGUCCUCCGAUUAGGCCGCAGUAUGCAGAGGGUCCUUGCCCUUGCAAGGCAGCUCGAAGUGAUUCUGGCGGAGUCAGGGCUGGGAGGCACCACACGGCUCGGGAAAGAGGACCACACUGCCCUUGUCCGUGGGAGUCUCGUGAUCCUUGCCUUCCGCAACACCAUGAGUGGGAAGGACGGUCACGACCUUGGCCGUAUCAACCUCGUCAAGGCCUUGCGUGGUCGGGCUUUUGAGGACGGAGAAGCCAAGAUUCUUGAUUUUGCCCGCCGCGUCGUCCGCGAGUUUUCAAUGAGCACUCUCUCCUCUGCAUCUACUAGCGGACUGUCUACUGCGGGCCCUACAUUUCGCGAGACAGAGGACAGUCGUGCACGAUUCACCAGCGCAGUGCAUGCUCUCUAUCUCCUCUCACCGGCGCCCAAGAUCAAUGGAGAAAAAAUGGCCAGGAAAGAUUUCGAGCCUGAGUAUUUGAUCCGUGCAUUGCAGGGGUAUCUUCAGACAGCCAUCACCUCGAGUGCUGCCUCCAUUGGACGUGGUCUGGGCCAACUGCCGACUUUAGACAGAGCGUUAUUGGAGGCCAGCGCAAGGUGUCAGAACGUUGUGGCACUCGAAGUUUUACUGCGGGGGAUAUAUACACCGGAACACCCUCUAUUACGUGGCGAGGGAAGCGAUGGCAAAGUUAACGAUACCUCUGACGAGGAUAGCGAGGGGGAACCUGAGAUUCCGGGUCCAAAAAAGCAGUCGUCGGAUACUUUUCUCGCCCUCCUGCUCAGUGCCCUAGACACCGCGUCUCUUCCAUCCUACUUCUGGCGCUCUUUGGCAUCCUCUUUGGCUCCACGUGUAUCCGAUAUUCUCAGUCGCGGAGGAGUUGCCGCACGCACGCUUAGAAGCCAACGCGAUGUUGUCCGAGCAGAAAUCCGUGACUGUGUGCUACGGGGGUCCAAGAUGCCACGGAGCGUAGCUCUAGGAAACAGCCCUGCAGCAGCAAAGACAGAAGAGGUGGUGGAGAAUUGGGAAAGAGAGGCUGCUGUUAUGGUCGGAAGUGUAUUGGGCCCUCUGGGACGGUAA